CAAGCUGAAGUUGCUUUUUUGUCUGGGAAGGAUUUUGACCUGAAGUACUUUUAAACACUAAAACUAAGUGUGUGGAAUGGCGCUGGGAUUUGCCGCUAUGGAUGCAGAUCUCUCUUGCCCAGUGUGCCGGGAUGUCUUUAGACAUCCCGUUCUCCUAGCGUGCAGCCACAGCUACUGUAAGGACUGCCUGCUGAAGUACUGGGAGCACAAGGGCAUUCAGGAGUGCCCUGUCUGUAAGCAAGAAUCCUUAACGGACUUUCUGGCCCUCAACCUGGCUUUGAAGAAUAUCUGUGAAUCCUACUUACAGGAGAGGAGGCAGAGAGCUGAGACGAGGUCAGAUCAGUUUUUGAAUCACCUGAGAGACGAGGCGGAGUUGUUUUGUUUGGAUGACAGAGAGCUUGUUUGCACCAAAUGUCCGACGGGACAGCAUGAACAUCACAAGCUGUGCCCGACACAAGAAGCCGUAUUGUGCUGCAAGGAGGAACUCAAUGCUGCUUUGCAUUCUAUGGAGGAAAAGCUGGAAACCUUUAAAAAAGUUAAGGAUGAUUUGGAUAAAACAGAAGACCAUAUCAAGUGGCAGAGCCGGCAUGCAGAGAGAGUGAUAAAGGAAGAGUUUGAGAGACUUCACAUGUUUUUGCGUGACGAAGAGGCGAUCAGGAUAGCUGCACUGAGGGAGGAAGAGGAGCAGAAGAGGAAGGUGAUGAAGAAGGAGAUUGAGAGUGUAACGAGACAGAUAUCUUCCCUCUCAGAUGCAGUCAGAGCUGUUGAACAGGAGAUGGCAGGUGACGAUGUUUCCUUGCUCUUGAACUACAAGACCACAAUGGAAAGAGCCCAGUGCACACCACAGGAGACACCCAGACUUUCAGGGGCCUUAAUUGAUGUGGCCCAGCACCUGGGCUCUCUCUCGCACAUGGUCUGGUUGAAGAUGCUGUGCAUAGUUCAUUACACUCCUGUUACUCUGGAUGUCAACACCGCUGGGCGUUGCCUUCACCUGUCUGAGGAUCUGACCACUUUGAUUUUCGGCAACAAGAAUCAGCUGCUCCCCGACAACCCAGAGAGGUUUGCCUUCUAUGCGAGUGCAGAGUCGCACACCCUGGACUGUGUCCUGGGGGCGGAACGUUUCACCUCGGGGAGGCACUGCUGGGAUGUCGAGGUGGGGGACAGUAUUCACUGGGGCCUGGGCGUGGCCUCGGAGUCAAUCAGCAGGAAGGAGGAGGGGCUGAAGCACAACCUCUGGUGCAUCUGGCGGCACGAGGACCUGUACAUUGCCGGGGUCUCGGAGAUGACGCAGUUUGCCGUGAGCCAGCGGCCACAGAGGAUCAGAGUUCAGCUGGACUGGGACCAGGGGCAGCUCUCGUUCACUGACCUGAGGGAUAACACGGUUCUCCACGUCCUCCAGCACUCUUUCACAGCGCCGGUGUUUCCCAUGUUCUGGAACACCUCUGCACUUCACCCAAUGAGAAUACUCCCAGCGGAUGUGUCAGUGACUGUGGAGUGACAGGCUUAGAAUCUCAAUUUGUCUGAUCGACAAAAAAACAUUUCUGCACAAACUUGAUAAAAAUAAAUGACUG